AUGGAGGUCUCUAAAACUCGAAAAACUUUCAGAGGUUUAUUCAAACCUUUUCGAAUGAUUGGAAAAUUAUUCCAAAGGAAACCAAAAGAACCUAAAGAAGACACUGAGGUUAUGGCUGAGGAAGGAAGAGCUGUACUGAGUGGAACUGCUAGUGUCCCUAAGCAGCAAACUCUGCAGCCCUACAACCAGCCCACCUACAUUCCCUCCCGCGUGGAGAGCACUGAACAGUCUCUAAACUUUAAGGUUCUGGUUCGGACAAUAGAAGGUCGGCAGCUGACUGGCAAUAAUAUAAAGCCGGUUGUCAAAGUGAAAAUUGGACACCAGACUCAACACACGAGAAUUAGAUCUGGCAAUAACCCUUAUUUUAAUCAGAUGCUGACCUUCGACAUGCACAGGUCACUUGCGGAUCUGCGUAUGGAGUCCAUAACCAUUCAGGCACUUAGGUCUCGUGCGCUUCGUGCAGACAGCCUGAUUGGUGAAUUUAAGCUUGAUGCUGGAUUCAUCUAUGAUGGACCAGGUCAUGCGAUUAUAAGAAAAUGGAUUGCCCUGUAUGAUCCUAAGGACUCGAGCUUGUCUCCAAGGGGCUACCUGAAGGUUAGCCUCUUUAUUCUUGGAAAAGGAGAUCAGCAACCGAUUGAAACCCCAGGGCAACAUGAAGAUGAGGACAUAGAAAAGAAUCUCCUGUUAACAAGCGGAGUAGCUCGGCAGACUAUAUCAUCUGUGAUAAAAAUCUACCGAGCUAAUGAUAUUCCCCAAAUGGAUGACACAUUUUUCAGAAGUGUAAAGGGACUUUUCAGAUCAAAUGUGGACAAGAAGAAUUUAGCUGAUCCCUUCACAGAAGUGGCAUUUGCUGGGGAUAAGAUUCCAUCAAUGUGCGACAAUGUUAGGCUCAGAGUGUAUGACUGGGACAGAGCAAAUAGGAAUGACCUAGUAGCAACUGCCAACCUGGCCCUGUCCAAUAUUUCUUUACCUGUUACUGGUUUAGAAGGGACUGGGCUAAAAGAUGGCUUCUUACCAACCUUUGGACCGUGCUUUAUAAACCUGUACGGAAGUCCAAGGGAGUUCAGCCGCUAUCCUGACCACUACGAUGAACUGAAUCGUGGACUGGGAGAAGGGAUAGCCUAUAGAGGCAGAAUCCUAGUGGAGCUUACUUCUACUUUGGACGACUCCACAAGGAUGAUUGGAGACAUCUCUAGACAUGAUGUUCAUGCUGCUGAGAAAUACCAGUUCAAGCGGAAAUAUAGCCUGUGUGCGGUAUUCUAUUCAGCGACUAUGCUGCAAGAUGCCGUCGGUGCCGUACAGUUUGAAGUGAGCAUCGGCAAUUACGGCAACAAAUUUGACUGCACAUGUAAGGCAUUGCCAUCGACAACACAAUACAGACAACCUCAAUUUGAUGGCAAUUUCUACUACUACAUACCAUGGUCUACCUCAAAGCCUGUAGUAGCUCUAACAUCUCAUUGGGAAGAUAUAAGCCACCGUCUGGAUGUUGUGAAUAUUCUCAUUGCCCUGACGGAUCGGCUGCAAACUGGACUAUCUUCCUUGAGAUUAGCUCUACAAGCAAACCUUCCUGAGGCAGAAGUGGUUACAUUAUGGCAGAAUGUAUUGGACCAGCUUAUUGAAGAUGCUGGGAAACAUCUGCCUUCAAUGGAAAGAAGAUAUAAUGUGAAUGAGUUAGAUUGGCAUCGGCGACACCUUCAGCAGUCUGCCCUCACUCACAUAAAGGCGGCAGCAGCUAAAAUGCGAAGGAGCGCGGCCGAUGUACAGUCAACUCUACCUUCCAUUGAGGAAUGGAUAGACAGACUGAAACAGCUGUCGGAAGAGCCACAAACCAGUAUGCCGGACAUCAUCAUCUGGAUGAUAAAGGCAGAAAGAAGAGUGGCCUACGCCCGUAUUCCUGCCCAUCUUAUCCUCUUCUCCAAGACCGGGGGAGAGGCCUGUGGCAAAUUCUGCGGGAAGAUUCAAACGAUAUUUCUAAAGUAUCCUCUCGACAAAGGCGAAGGCAGACGUGUUCCAGUUCAGCUGCGUGUCAACCUCUGGCUGGGACUGUCUGAAGCAGAGAGUGAAAUUAACCAAUCCGUGCACGGAAUGUUUAGUGUUCAUGCAGAAAUGUAUGAAAAUCAGUCACGGAUAUCUGGUCGAUGGAGCUCCAGGUUCCUGCUAAACCACCCCAAGUUCUCUGAUGCCACUGGAACAAUAAAGCUGAAAAAGAACAGCUUUGUGGUUCCAGAAGGCUGGGAUUGGGAAGGUGAUUGGCAGGUAGACAAUGAAAGGAGCUUACCGAAUAAAGACUGUAACGGACACCGAGAAAUGACAGAGGAAGUGUUCGUUAAUGAGAGGCGGCUUCCAAACGGAAAAUGGAAACUGGCAAAAGAAGCCUUCACUGAUGCUAAUGGUGAAAAAUCUUCUUCGCCAGAUAAGAUUGGCUGCCCUCAUGGAUGGAUCUGGGAUGACGAUACGUGGAAAUGCGAUGUAACCAGGGCUGUGGAUGAAAAUGGUUGGGAAUAUGGAACACCUUCAUCUCCCAAUAACCAGCCACAGCACUGGGUUUCAUCCGAAAAGACGUAUCAUACCCGCCGACGCCGAAGACUUGUGCGCAGGAGAUCUAAAGUCUCUACUCCUAAUGAGGAGGUUAUACCCUCAACGACUGACAAAGGAUGGGAGUAUGCGGCUGUGUCAGGCUGGACAUUUCAUACGAAGAGAUGCGGCACUGACACUUUCCGCCGAAGGCGUUGGAUAAGGAAUCUGGUCCCUUCUGGUCAACAGGGUGCACCUCCCAUAUUUAACCUAGAAGGCAAUCAGGGCAGUGCACUGACAGCUGACCCAAGCGAUGAUACAGAGAUGCAAAGAGACCUUUACAGGGAGCAUGUUCCUUUUGUUACCUGUAAAUUCGACUGUGUUUACAAGUACCAUCUGAGAUGUUACCUGUAUCAGGCUCGUGGUCUCGCGCCAAUGGAUAGAGACAGCUUUUCAGAUCCGUACGCUCACGUCUCUUUCCUACACAAAAGUUUGAGGACAGAAAUAAUAAAUUCUACCCUCAAUCCAACAUGGGACCAAACGCUUGUCUUUAGUGACAUUGAAAUUUGUGGAAAGCCCCGCGAAAUUGCACAGAAUCCCCCCAACAUUGUUAUUGAGAUAUAUGACAAUGAUUCAAGGGGAGAAGAUGAUUUCCUCGGCCGAAGUUUAUUCUUCCCAAUGGUGAAGCUGGACCCGAAUGUUUAUGAUACUCCUAAACUUUUCUGGUGUCCAGUUACCAGGGGAAAUAGACACUGUGGCGACAUCCUUGUGGCCGCAGAACUGUUCCUUCAGGAAAACGAUGGAUGCAUUCUCCCUGUACUUCCAUCGGAGCGGGUACCAAAUAUCUAUAUGGUGCCAGAAGGAAUUCGGCCUGUGCUUCAGCUUACUGGUAUAGAGAUACUUACUUGGGGCCUACGAAGCAUGAGGCAUUUGGAAUCUGUAAGAUCAGCAACUAUUACUGUAGAAUGCGGUGGACAAACAGUUGAAACUGCAAUGACUGGAAUAUUGGGAAUGAAUCCAAACUUCCAGACUGCAGUUCUCUUCUUGAAAGUGUAUCUACCUCAAGAAGAACUGUAUACUCCACCCAUUGUUAUUAAAGUCGUAGCCAAUAGACUUUUUGGAAGAAAGGAAGUGGUAGGGCAAUGUACAAUUGAGCAGCUGGAAGAGUUCCGCUGUGAGCCCUACCCCAGGAAUCAGGAUAAUCCUCCAGACCUUAGAGUUGCACCUAUCACUGCAUUCGCUGCUGAUGUGAUAAAAUGUGUAAAAGAAACUCUAACGACUGAAGAGGAGGAAGAUGAUGAAGUUGAUUGGUGGGCAAAGUACUUUGCCUCUAAAGGAGAACAUGAAAUGUCUGCGCUGUACACCCAGAGGAAAUAUAAUACCCUAAAGGUGUACGGCUGUGAGUUAGAACGAGUCCCAGAGUUCCUUGGACUCACUGACUUUUGCCAGACGUUCAAGUUAUACACAGGAAAGGCUAAACAUGAUGAAGAGCCAGCUGUUGCAGGAGAGUUCAAGGGAUCUUUCUGUAUUUAUCAAGUCCCAGAGGAUCCAAGUGCCCCUCAACCUCCACAGCACUUCCGGGAAUUGCCUGAUAGUGGUUCUCAGGAGUGCAUUGUGCGAGUGUAUAUAGUGAGAGGCAUAGACCUGCAGCCAAAGGAUAACAAUGGAUUGUGUGAUCCUUAUAUCAAACUAAGCCUGAAUGACAAAGUGGUAGUAGACAGGGAGAACUACAUACCCAACACUUUAAAUCCAUUGUUUGGCAGAAUGUAUGAAUUAAGCUGCAUUCUACCGCAAGAGAAAGAUCUUAAAAUCUCCAUUUAUGACUAUGAUGCUCUAUCUGGAGAUGAUAAAGUUGGUGAAACAACUAUAGAUCUUGAAAACAGGCUCCUCUCGCGAUUUAGAGGCCAUUGUGGACUGCCAGAAACCUACUGCGUAUCUGGAGUAAAUCAAUGGCGAGAUCAGCUAAAGCCAACUGAAAUCCUUCAGAACUUGGCCAGAUGUAGAGCCGUACCACCUCCUGUCUAUAAAGAUGACGGGAGAACAGUGAUAUUUUCAGGAUUGCAAUAUACUGUAAAGAGUACUGAAAAAGAUCAUGAAUUUCUUGGGCCAAUGCGAGAACGCGUUGCUCUUCAAGCCCUUCAUGAUCAAGGAUUAGUUCCAGAACAUGUUGAGACGAGGACGUUGUACAGCAGUUGCCAACCCAACAUUCCACAAGGAAAAGUGGAAAUGUGGGUUGACAUUUUCCCAACAAGCUUAGGCCUUCCGGGACCUGCUGUCAAUAUUGCGCCUCGUAAACCUAAGCGGUUUGUUCUACGCACGAUUGUCUGGAACACCAAAGAUGUCAUCCUCGAUGAUGAAAAUGUGUUGGGAGAGAAAAUGAGUGACAUUUAUGUCAAAGGGUGGCUUCUUGGCAAUGAAGAUGACAAACAGAGAACAGAUGUACACUUCAGAUCUCUGGAUGGAGAAGGCAACUUCAAUUGGAGAUUUGUCUUCCCAUUUGAUUACCUCCCAGCAGAACAACAGUGCAUCAUUUCUAAAAAGGACCAUGUAUGGAGUCUUGAUGCUACUGAGCAAAAGCUGCCACCUAAACUUAUUAUCCAGAUAUGGGAUAAUGAUAAAUUCUCAAGAGAUGACUACAUAGGCUUUGUUGAACUGGAUUUAAAUAAUGUAAUAAUGCCAGCAACAGAAGCAAAGAAGUGUUCAUUGAAGUUAAUGGACAGGCCUAAAGAGACAGUGUCUCUGUUUAAGAAGAAAUCUAUGAGAGGAUGGUGGCCAUGUUAUGCAGAGAAGGAAGACGAAUAUGUGCUAACGGGCAAAGUUGAACUGACAUUGGAGAUCCUCACCGAAGAAGAGGCAGAAGAAAGGCCAGCCGGCAAGGGGAGAGAUCCUCCCAAUACAAACCCAACGCUGAGUGAGCCAAUACGUCCUGAGACUUCGUUCCUGUGGUUCACGAGCAUAUUUAAGGCAUUUCAAGUACUUGCAUGGCCCAGACUUAACAAACUAUAUGAAGACAACAUUGGCAGCAUCCGUAGAGGAUGCAUUAUUGCCGCUGUCGUCGUGUUUGUUAUGUUCUGCAUCUUCUUCUUUAUCAUGUACAUCCUGCCUUUGAUUCUCAUGAGACGCUGAGACAAAACAGCAGGAUGGUCAAGAAAGGAACCAGUAUUGUAGGAGCCAAAGAUGUUACCAAUGCGGUUAAGGGUGGGUGGUGGGCCAACCGCUUGCAAGGUAACAUCAGCUUUGUGUAAACUCCUUGGCUCCGCCCUUUCUGUAACGUCAUAAAGAAAUCACUACCAAUAACAAUGGUAUGUAGAAGAAGAGGUAUGCUAAAAGAAGAAAGGAAGACUAUUGUACUAGAAAUGAAGGAAUUGCAGUUU